AUGCAUCUCAAAAAUGGCGAUGACAGAAACUAUCUCACAGGAGAAAAGUAUAGUGAAAGAUAUUAUGAUAUAUUUCAAGUGAGAAAAAAUUUGCCCAUUUAUGAAGCCAAAGAAAGUAUUCAAAAGCUUGUCCAACGCUAUCAGACCAUAUUGCUUGUUGGUGAAACUGGCAGUGGGAAAACAACCCAAGUUCCCCAGUUUGUGCUCGAAAUGAAUCCAGAACGCGGAAUAGCUUGCACGCAGCCGCGUCGAGUUGCGGCUACUAGUGUAUCUGAACGUGUUGCUGAUGAAAUGGAUGUCAAACUAGGAGAAGAAGUUGGUUAUUCGAUUCGUUUUGAUGACAUGAGCUCUGAAAAAACUCGCUUGAAGUAUCUUACAGAUGGUAUGUUACUUCGUGAAGUUAUGAUUGAUUCUCUUUUGAGUAAAUACAGUGUUAUUGUUUUGGAUGAAGCUCAUGAACGCACAGUUUCAACAGAUAUUUUGGUCGGAGUUAUAAAACAACUAUUACCUAAACGGCCAGAUCUUCGUGUAAUCGUUAUGUCUGCUACACUAGAGGAAAAACGCUUUCAACAAUAUUUUCCAGAUGCUCCACUUGUUCACGUAUCGGGACGUAUGUUCGGUGUAAAAAUGUAUUUCACUCGUGCUCCAGAAGCUAAUUACGUAGAAGCCGCUAUUCGAACUGCAACACAAAUUCACCUUUAUGAAGGAGAGGGUGAUAUUCUGAUUUUUUUAACAGGUGAAGAUGAAAUUGAAACUACGGUAGAAAGACUUCAAAACGGCAUACAAAUGUCAGAACAUAGUAGUGCAAAUUGCCACCAUGGACCUGUUAACGUUUUACCUUUAUAUUCUGCCCUUCCACCAUCGCAGCAGCGGAAAGUCUUUCUACCCAAUCCCAAGGGUACAAGAAAAAUUGUUGUAGCAACAAACGUUGCUGAAACUUCCUUGACCAUUGAUGGCAUAGUAUUCGUGAUCGAUUGUGGCUUCUCCAAGCAAAAAGUGUUUAAUCCAAAAUUGCGUGUUGAAUCUCUACUUGUUACUCCAAUAAGUCAGGCAAGCGCUCAACAGCGCUCUGGUAGAGCAGGGCGUACAAAACCUGGAAAAUGCUUUCGGCUUUACAAGAUUAAUUCCUUCGAAAAUGCACUGCAACCAAACACUUAUCCAGAGAUUUUACGCUGCAAUUUAGGUUCCAUUGUUCUUAAUAUGAAAAAAAUGGGAAUUGAAGACUUAGUCAACUUUGAUUUUGUAGAACCACCAGCGCCUGAAACACUAAUGCGAGCACUUGAACUGCUAAAUUAUAUUGGUGCAUUAGAUGAUGACGGAAGCUUGACUUCAAUCGGGAACCAAAUUUCAGAGUUCCCAGUAGAACCUGAAAUGGCAUCAAUGCUCUACAACAGUCCGAAAUAUGGAUGCUCUGAUGAUAUUGCGCGCAUAUGUGCCAUGUUAUCGGUACAAACUCCCUUUAUCACACCUUCUAACAAUCAGAGAGGGUAUGCACUGAACUCUAAAAAUCAGUUUUAUCAUCAAACUGGUGAUCACUUGGCGCUUCUUAAUGUAUUUAAUAGCUAUUACGAACGAAAUCGACAAAACUCUACGUGGUGUAAAGAAAACUUUAUUAACCCUCGAGUAAUGAAACAGGCAGUAAAUAUUUAUCGCCAACUUUCUAGUAUUAUGAAAAGGAUCGGACUUGAUAUUUGUAGCACAUACACCUCGGAGUGGCGAAAAGUACAAAAUAACUCUAGUGAAAAAAAUGCGAAUCUCGAGUUCGCCAAUGAAAUUCGCAGAGCAAUUGUAAAGGGGUACUUUACAAAAAUAGCGAUGUCUCUACCAACUAAAAAUCAGUUUCUCACCUUAAAGGAUGACGUUAAGUGCUUGCUUUUUCCUUCAACCUUUCUAAAUCGGCGGCCUAAAUUUGUCGUUUUUAACGAACUUGUAUUAACUGCCAAUACAUAUAUUCGAACGAUCACGGCGGUGUCUGAAGAAUGGCUUUUAGAAGCAAAUUCUUCAUAUUUUGCUCAAGAGGAAUUUGAAGGUAUAUCUAAACAAGUUUUUGAUGAUAUAUAUCGACGUCGCAAGAACACUCUUCUUGAUAGUACAAAGCGCCCUCGACCGGAUGAUGAUAGUGAGUAA